UUGCACCACCUUACGUCGAACGCUUCGUCCGAGGGCUUCCCGAGACUGUGCAUGCGCUGGGGGCCCGUGGCAAGGCAAUGGCGUCUGCUUCGUCUUCGUCGGCCAGCACCGGAGUUCCUCCCGGCUUCCGGUUCCACCCCACCGACGAAGAGCUCCUCCUCUACUACCUAAAGAAGAAGGUGUCGCUCGAGAAGUUCGAACUGGAGGUCGUCAGGGAGGUUGAUCUCAACAAGAUCGAGCCAUGGGACUUGCAAGAACGGUGUAGGAUCGGCUCGGCCCCUCAGAACGAGUGGUACUUCUUCAGCCACAAGGACCGCAAGUACCCGACGGGGUCGCGGACCAACCGCGCCACCGGUGCCGGAUUCUGGAAGGCCACCGGCCGCGACAAGUGCAUCCGGAACAGCUACAAGAAGAUCGGCAUGAGGAAGACUCUAGUAUUCUACCGCGGCCGCGCCCCCCACGGCCAGAAAUCCGACUGGAUCAUGCACGAGUACCGGCUCGAGGAUUCCGACGACGCCAUCGACAGCGCGGCCGGCUGUGAGGAAGGAUGGGUGGUGUGCAGGGUCUUCAAGAAGAAGUGCUUCUUCAAGGUCGGCGGCGACGGGAGCUCCGGGCAAGCCAUGGAGAACCACGUCAAUGUCGGGGUGAGCCGCCAGCAGCCCCGGGCGCUGAGCUCUCAGUACGUGCACCCGAACCUCACCCACCACUACCACCACUUCCACCACCACAACCCCAACCUCUACCACUCGCACAUGCCGGCAAACGCCUAUUCCCAUGGCCAAGUGCAGGACCUGCUGACCAACCACAGGCCGUCGGGCUACGACUUCGCGGUGCUCCCGGGCGACGCCGCGGCCGUCGUCAAGCCAUACGACGGAGGCCUGGAAUUAGCUGCCGGCCCCUGCGAGGUGAUGAAGGAUCCGGGCUCCAGCCAUUGGGCGGUGCUGGAGGGGAUGGACGGGAGGCUGGGCGGCGCCGCUGCCACGGCGCAGCAGAUGAACCCGAUGGCGAGCCAACGUGGUGGUGAGAUGGAUUUGUGGGGAUACGGGAAGUAAAAGGUCAUGGAAUAAAAGCCUAAACUAAUGGUGUUGACAGCCAUGCACGUAACUAUUGUGGACAUAUGCUUUUAAUAUAGAUCACUGCAAUAAGGACCCAAGUUGGUGGUAUCCAUGCAUGACUGAGAUUUGAGUGCAAGUGCAUCUGACCAUGGAUUGAUUUGUGUCUAUUUCUGAAUUUUUUUACUCAUGGAAAAUGGAAUCUUGUAUGCAUUCUUACUCUUUUUA